CUUCUAUUACUUCAAGAAUCUUGGAAGGAGCUAUUUCUAUUGCACUUAGCACAAUGGUCCAUUCCUUGGGAUCUCUCUGGCCUUUUUGGGUGUAGUAAAGCUCGAGACCGUCUGCCUCAGGACGACCAUACCAACAACGAAAUCAAAACUAUUCAGGAAAUUCUGAGCAGAUUUCGACAACUUUCCCCAGACGGAAGUGAGUGUGGCUGCAUGAAAGCAGUCGUCCUCUUCACACCAGAGACGGCGGGGCUGUGCGACGUGCAGCCGGUGGAGAUGCUCCAGGACCAGGCGCAGUGCAUCCUGGGCGACUACGUGCGCAGCCGCUACCCGCGCCAGCCCACGCGCUUCGGCCGCCUGCUGCUGCUGCUGCCCAGCCUGCGCGCCGUGCGCCAGGCCACGGUGGAGCAGCUCUUC